CCCCGCCUCUUGCCGUCACCGCUCAGCCGUUCCGGAGGCCCCCUGCGCGUCUCGCUCAGCUGGGCGGCUCCUGAUUGGCGGGACCCCAGAGACAGGAUGGGUCGCUCCUCCCCCGCGCAGACUGAAGCCCGAGUUGUGUGGGACCCAGGCCAUCAGUCAGUCGGUGUCUUAACUCCGGGUUUCCCGUGGACUGGGUCUGUCCCCCUUCCCUCCCCCCACCCCCGCCCCCCACACACCUUCCUACGCUCCACACUCUCCCCUCCCACUACGUGAGGAAGCCCGGGGGCCUGACCCGAAGAGACCUGGCCGAGUCUCCGCGGUGGCCGGGCAUCCGAAGAAAAGAGGCGGCGGCGGCGGCGGCGGCAGCGACCAAGACCACGAUCACGAUCACGACCACGACCACGCGGGACGUAAGGCCCCAGAGGAGCCUCUCGCGCCCGAGCCGUUACUCAGCAGAAGACUCCCUCGAUCCAGGCGGCGCGAGGCGGGCUCCGGGGCGAGAGGCAGCGAGGAAGGAGCUCUCGGGGCCCCCGACCCCCUCCUCCCUCCUCCCCCCUCCCGCUGCUGCGGCCGCCGGCGGACUUGUCCUUUCUCCCCCGGACGAGCGCGCCGAGCCUCCAGCCGGGCGGGAAGAGGACCCACCGCCAUCGGAAGGGAUUCCCCCGGCUGCGGCGGCGGCGACCGCGGAUUCCUUCCCUUUGGGAGGGAGGCGAGAGAUCCGGAGUGUGUACGCGCAGUGGGAGGGGGGACGGACGUUCCCGGUUUUUCGGGAGGGAGAGGCUCUCCCCGCCCUCUGUUCCUUCAGCCCAGCGCUUCGCGGAGGUGCAGAAUAGAAGAUGAAUAAUCUUUCAUUUGGUGAACUAUGUUGCCUCUUCUGCUGUCCACCCUGCCCAGGGAAAAUUGCUUCUAAAUUAGCAUUUUUACCACCUGACCCUACUUACACUCUGAUGUGUGAUGAAAGUGGAAGUCGCUGGACCCUACAUCUUUCAGAAAGAGCAGACUGGCAGUACUCUUCUAGAGAAAAAGAUGCUAUUGAGUGCUUUAUGACUAGAACCAGUAAAGGUAAUAGGAUUGCCUGUAUGUUUGUGCGUUGCUCGCCCAAUGCCAAAUAUACUUUACUCUUCUCACAUGGAAAUGCUGUUGACCUUGGUCAGAUGAGCAGUUUUUACAUAGGACUGGGUUCACGGAUUAAUUGCAAUAUAUUUUCAUAUGACUAUUCUGGAUACGGAGCAAGUUCUGGGAAGCCAACAGAGAAGAACCUUUACGCAGAUGUUGAUGCAGCUUGGUUGGCUCUUAGAACAAGGUAUGGUAUCCGCCCUGAAAAUGUGAUCAUAUAUGGCCAGAGUAUAGGAACGGUACCAUCUGUGGAUCUUGCUGCUCGUUAUGAGAGUGCUGCUGUCAUUCUUCAUUCUCCUCUGACCUCAGGAAUGCGGGUAGCUUUUCCAGAUACUAAGAAGACCUACUGCUUUGAUGCAUUCCCAAACAUUGACAAAGUCUCUAAAAUAACCUCACCAGUGUUAAUAAUUCAUGGGACUGAAGAUGAAGUCAUUGACUUUUCACAUGGCCUCGCAUUAUUUGAACGCUGCCAAAGACCUGUGGAGCCUCUCUGGGUUGAAGGAGCAGGUCAUAAUGAUGUGGAACUUUAUGGACAGUACCUUGAACGAUUGAAACAGUUUGUGUCACACGAACUAGUGAAUUUGUAAAUUACUUUGUAGAUUUACAUACUGUGUUUUGUUUUGAUGCUGAACUGGACACCUUGGUAAAUGAUAUAAAACCUGAAGGUUUUGUUUGCAAAUCAUGUUAGUUGCCUUCAUAAAUGUACAGGUAUGAUUUGUUAACAGAAUUAAUGAAGGUUUUAAUUACCAGUAUAAAACUGGAAAUAACAGUAUCAUGCAGUCAAGCUGUGUAAUUUAUAUAUUUUAUGUGAAUUUUUUUUUAAAAAAGAAACAAAAACCACCAAGAUGAGUACUGUAUGAAAUUUUAAUUCUGUAAAAAAUCAAAUGCUGUAAAAAUAUUGCCAAAUGCUUUCACAUACCAGAAAUGAAUUUAUAAAUAUUUUUUAAAACAUCUCAACGUAUUAACCCUUGUUGCACUAAUGUAAUAUUCUUUUAAAAAACGUACAUCUAAAAAAGUGCAAAUAGUCAUGUUAAAAUAAAUUGUAGUAAACACCAUGAGAACAUGCUAGUUCUUAGAGUUGACCAAGACCCUGUUGUGCAGGGUCAAUGGUUAAAACAGUUAUUUUGUAUCCAUAUCCUAAUGGUUAAGCUUACAUUUUCUAUUUUUGUUUAUGACAGUGUUAGACUUCAUUUUUGCCCCCUGUGUAUUAAUUUACCAACUGGUUACUUUAUAAAGGGAAAGUCAUAGAUAACACUGAAUUUUAACUGGCUUUGAGUCACAAAGUCAGUACCAUGAGGCAACUAUUUAAAUUCUCAUAUUAGAAAUUUCAACAAUGUUAGAAUAUUUAGAAUGAUUUUUGUGUGCAGCAUUUUUUAAACCUUUGAAUGAUUGUGUAGAAAUGCAGUACUCUUAAUAGUAUGGAAACCUGAAAGUUCAUUUAGUUUUGUUUUAUUUCGUAUCACAUGCACAUUUGCUGCUGUAUACCAUUCAGGUUUCCUUUGGCUGUUUUUUAAGUAUAGAACCUCUGGUUUUGGCUGCCAUCUGAGAAUAUUACUAAUUUACUCCUUAGUAGAAGAGAAAGAAAAGAGAGAACAUUAACACUUUUGUAUUAACUAAUGUAGUUUUAAAAAAAAUGCUGAAAAACAAAACUGUAAGUUGCCUUUUCCUUGGAUGAAUCUUGCCUGAAUAAAACUAUGAAAGAAAAAUACAAAUUAAAUUAAUGGUAUGUAGUCUAAUUUGUAAAUGAAUGAAUAUUGAAAUAAUACACACUGUGGAUAUAUUUUAAGGCCUUAUGUAGUUUUACUUGUUCUGCUUGUUCUGUGGUUAUGUCUAAGACUAUUGUAUAUGAUUCCCUUAAAAAUAUAUCAAGUAUUGUGAAUGCUUUGGUUUAGAUGUGUCAGAUUAACAGUAAAAUAGCAAAUAUCCCACUCA